UCCCGGAAACUGAGUUGGAAAUAUCCGAUGAGGAUUUUAGAAUACCCUCCCUUGUUGUUAAGCAACAAUUCAUUGUGUAUUCGCUCUAUAUAUAUAUACAUAGGUUUGUGUGUGGCAAAUAGAUACCCAGAAGGUUAUUUUUAUUUUUUAUUUAUUUUUUUGUUGAUUGAAGGAAGUAUGAAUGUAAAUUUUUCAGAAAGUUAAAAAAAGAAAAAAAAUAAAUAAAUAAAUAAAAGAAAGACUCGCGGUUUAGAAUAUUCUGGGACCGGGUUGGUAGUAUUAUAUUUAAUAUUAAUAAUAAACGACUAAUUGUUGCUGGUCUUUCAACUUAACCUUUGGGUCUAUAAAAAGGAUAUAUAUAUAUAUAUAUAUAGAUGGACUUUAUUUUGGAGUACAAGGACAAUGUUCUUAAAACCCUCCUAUUCCUCUGCUUUCUCUUCAUCUUCCAUGUCGGUUUAUGGUAUUCAAGGCCAAAUUCUUGAGGUUACUGUUGUUGGGUGUAACAAGUUGAAGGACACAGAAUGGAUCUCACGCCAAGACCCUUAUGUCUGUCUUGAAUAUGCUAGCACCAAAUUCCGUACAAAAACUUGCACUGAUGGUGGUAAAAAUCCCACAUUCCAAGAGAAGUUCGUUUUUACAUUGAUUGAAGGACUUAGAGAAUUGAACGUUGUAGUUGGGAACAGCAACACCCUCACUUCCGACGGCUACAUCGGCAGCGGAAAGGUUCAACUUCAGAAGGUUCUUUCACAAGGUUACGAUGACAGUCCUUGGUCUCUUCAGACUAAAACUGGCAGAUAUGCAGGAGAAGUACGACUUGUAUUGCAUUAUGGAAAUGCUAAUAAAGCAACAACAAGCUAUACUCCAUCAGCACCACCAUAUGUAGCACCACCUACAACGCAGGCUCCUCUGUAUUCUGCACCCCCACCAGCACCUAUACAUUGUUAUCCACCUCCAUCAACUGUGCCUUCUUAUCCACCUCCAGGAUCUCUGUCUCCUUAUCCACAAGUAUCAUCAGUUUAUCCUCCUCCAUCUACCUAUGCUCCAUACCAACCUAAUUCAGCUGGCUAUUCCCAACCGCUGUACUCUCAACCCCCGGCCGCCUAUCCACCCCCGCCAUACCAGUCGACAACUGCAUAUCCUCCUCCACCAUAUCCACCUCCUCCACAGGCUUCCUCCUACUAUCCACCUGCUCCAGGUCCUUAUCCAGGAAUCUAUCCACCACCACCAUCAUAUUGAGAUUGUGCUUUUCGUACCCCAAACGUCUUGUUAAUAAAACAUGAAAUAUACCACCAUCAUAUUGAGAUUGUGCUUUUCGUACCCCAAACGUCUUGUUAAUAAAACAUGAAAUAUGCUGGUACAUACACCAGACAGAAAAUGAAUAAAGAUUAUUAAGGAAUUGUUCUAUAAAAAACAUUCAUAUAUCAUA